UCGUGGGAGGCAGACGCAAAAUUGUAAAAUUUGAAAAAAAAUUUUUGGAGGAAGUUCCAGCUCAGCGACUUUGUUUUCUAACACCAAGCCUCUGAUUUUCAAAUCUAACUUACAACAAUGUGUGAUCCUUGCUGUUCUCCAUGUGGACCCUGUGGGCCUUGUGGGCCUUGUGGGCCAUGUGGAGGACCCUUCGAUCCCUGUGAACCGUGCUGCGGACCGAUGAACUACAGCACCGGACAGCUGGCGUGUAUGGCCCAGUGCCCUACCGGAUGUCCUCCACCGACCUGUGGUCCUCGGUUCGUAACGGUUCAGCAACCUCCACGAGUGGUGGCCCAAAAGAAGGUCAUCAACUGCACCCGGACCGUCAUCGAUAAGCACGUCCUGCCCCAGACCAAGGCUAUCGUUGAACCGAAGUUGAUCUACCAGCCGAAAACGAUAGUCGAGCCAUGUGUGAUCUUCAAGAGACGGGUCGUUCCGGAACCUAAAGUGGUCUACUACAGCCGAGUUGUUCCGGAUCCGAAGGUCGUCUGCACUCCGCGGACUAUCAUUGAGCCAAAGGAAUACUGCACCACGAUGGUUUGCCAACCGAAGCCGCAAAUCGUUCCGGUACCUCCGGCCAAGGAGUACUGCUGUAUGUCCUCCGGCACCACAUUCUUCAAUAACCCCUGUGGUCCACCGACUCCGGGUCCAAUUUGUCCACCGAGACGCUGUUGAAAAGGGGAACAGUGACAAGCUACGCUCCCUCGUAUCAGGUCAGCCACCCGCCUUCUCACCCCGAGGCCAAAGAUGGCGAAAACCAACUGGUAUUGCACUCCCCCUAAUCGCUGCUGCAAAUCGGUUUGGCGAGCUCCGGCACCAUGCUGUUACAAGGCGCCCU